AUGACGUCUCAGGCCAAGGACAGAUUGACCUUUCAUGAGACAGACGAGGCAGAUACUCCUACUGCAACCUAUGUCUUCUCCAAGCAAGAUGUGCCAAAGGAAUCUCGAGGGCGGGUGGAUGUGAUGGACGCACCUUCGACUUCAUCAUGGUCCACCAAGCCCCUAGUAGCUACUCUGAGUGACAUCUUCUUGCCGUCAGGAUUUCCACAGAGUGUGAGCGAUGACUAUCUACCAUACCAAAUAUAUGAUUCCCUGCAAGCAUUCUGCAGCUCUAUCGCUGGCCUUCUCUCCUCGAGGGCAGUAUUGCAAGGAGUCGGUGUGGGUAAUGCUAGCGCGUCCCCAACAUCUGCCCUUCUUCUACACAUCCUGCAAGACUCGUCUGGCCGUGUUGCGACAAUUCUGUUCGCGCACCGAGUCGGAACAGCCCUUGAACCAGAAUGCAAGACAUACCGGCUAGCAGCCGACGUGUUCAACGAUAUCGCCAUGAUCCUUGACUGUCUUUCGCCAAUGGUCCCUGCCGGUGUCAUGCGAGUAACUAUCCUCAGUACAGCGGGAGUCUUACGAGCUCUGUGUGGAGUUGCAGGAGGAAGUUCGAAAGCGAGCCUAAGUGCUCACUUUUCCAAAUGGGGGAAUUUGGCAGAGCUCAAUGCUAAAGAUUCCUCCCAGGAGACUGUGAUAUCCCUCCUAGGCAUGCUUGUUGGCUCGGUCGUUGUAUCACACAUAACCGGCUUCAAGACUACCUGGGCCGCACUACUUAUGCUCCUCGCAGCACACCUAAGCCUAAACUACGCAGCCGUGCGCUCAGUACAGAUGACCAGUCUAAACAGACAACGAGCAAACAUAGUCUUCUCAGCUUUACUUUCAUCUGACCCAAACACACUCAACAUCCAAGACAAACCUACCCAAAACAACUCCAUCCCCGACAUGAACCACCAAAAUAAUUGGACAAUCCUCACCCCUGCCCAAGUAUCCAAACAAGAACGCAUCUUCCCUCGCGACGGCGUCCUGGAAUGGGUAGAAUCCCCGACCAAACCAAGUCAAUACCUCGGCACCGCCGAAAUAGGCAUAUCGCUGCCCAAAUUCUUCUCCGCUUCAAGCAAUUCGUUCCAGACAUCAAUCCCCAUGACCACACUACACGAUCUCUUCGCCGGAGAGCAGCAUGUUCUCUUCCUUUUCCCACGUGGCGCGACUUGGCACGCUUCUAUCCUUCUCAAGAAAGGGUGUUCCGUCCAAUCACAGCUUAAAGCGUGGAUGCAUGCGCUUUUAGCUGCACGUGUUUUGUUCGACGCCGAUACUACAUCGGAGAGCGAGCAAUUUGUUUACCAGGUUGUCGAGAGUACGCUAUGGUUUUUGAAUGGUGGCGAGAGGGCUGAGAGGUAUUUGGCUGCAUUGGCUAGGGAGGGGUGGGUACUUGAUAUUGGGGCUUUAGAGACACGGGGUGGACGACGGAUUGCUUUGAGUGGAUAG